GGGAAAUAUUGACCUCAUUUGCAUUUGAGCUUUGAGAGUGAAAAACGGAACAGUUUGUUUACUUAGAAAUAUUUGUCUAGACUUUUACUCAGUGUUUAAUUAGUUUAUUACUUUAAAAAAAUAAUUAGUGAUUGUACCUAUGUUGAAUACAAAAAACUUGUCCAACUAUCAAGCAAGUGAAGAAGGUUAUUAAUUAAAGAGUCCAGCGUAAAGUUAGUAUGUUCAUCAUUGAAAAAUCGGAGAUCGUUAAAGGCGUGUUCACAUCUACAAGUUCCAGUUGCUUUUGGUCUUCAGUUCUAAGUUUUAGUAGCCUCAGUUCAUCUUGUUCCUGUUGGUCUUGGUCUAGCCAAGCAGUUGAAAGCAGCAUUUUCUCUGCUUCUUGAACAGGUUAUUCGGGUCUAAAAAAGAAGACUAAACUACUAAAAAAUGGGUUCACUGAAGCCAACUAUUCUUGACCCUUUCUGUGAUGAACGUCGGCCCGUCAAAGCUAUCUUCUCAGAUAUCAAAGAGGCCAGACAAAAGAUACAAAAAUACGUCCAAGUAACGCAAUGCACGUUCUCUGAACCAGUUUCUGAAGAAUAUGGGAUAAGGCUGUAUUUUAAAAAAGAAUUCCAGCAAUCCACUGCAAGUUUCAAGGUCAGGGGCGGGGCUAACGCCAUGCUACGCUUGACUGAGGAUCAAAAGAGGUCAGGGGUCAUUUCCGCCAGCGCCGGAAACCACGCCCAGGCCUUGGCGCACAUGGGAAAGAGGCUGAGAAUCCCCGUAACCGUUGUCAUGCCAACCAACGCGCCUAAGGUCAAGGUUGAGUCGUGUAGAAAACAAGGAGCCAAUGUUGUUAUAUUUGGCACGGACUUUGCCGCGGCAAAACAGCACGCAAUGGAGCUCGGACUAAAUAAUGGACUGGUUUACAUCAAUGGAUAUGACCACCCUGACGUCAUUUCUGGACAAGGUACAGUCGGCCUUGAGAUUGCUGAACAAGUUCCGGAUGUUGACGCAUGCGUGGUUCCUGUAGGGGGCGGUGGCCUAAUUGCCGGAGUGGCUACAGCACUGAAGACUCUAAAACCGGAUAUAAAGAUUUAUGGUGUGGAGUGCGAGUGCUCCACGGGAUUCACUCAAUCCUUGCAGGUCGGGGCUCCGAUAACUGUACUCUCUGAUCCCACUAUCGCUGAUGGUUUGUCAGUCUCUAGGCCAGGGGUCAAUGCUCUAGAAACGGCUAAGUCCCUAGUGGACAAAAUGGUGACAGUCAAGGAAGAAAGUGUCCACGAUGCAGUCUUUAAGCUACUUGUUACUGAGAAGGCCACAGUGGAAGGGGCAGGGGCGGUUGGUCUAGCAGCUAUCAUGGAGGGCCUGUUACCUGAACUAAAGAACAAAACCGUUGUCGUCAUACUGAGUGGAGGAAACAUUGACCCCGGUACCUUGCUGAAGGUCAUUGAGCGAAAGGUCAGGGUUGAAGCCCCAAUCAUAAUGAAAUAGAACAGCCUAGGAGGGCUUAUCAGCUCUAUUGAGAAUACCAACACUGGUAUGAAAAGCCUACAAUAAAAUGCAGUCUCCUUAGGCUAUCAUCUACAGAAGGAUCUAAGAAUGUUUAAAGACCACGAGUACAUAUUGAUCUGAAUGAUUUGACUUUUUGUUUUGUUUACACUUUAUCCAACUUUUUAAAACUUUUAAUUAUAUCCAUUAACUGCCUGUUAAAAGUUGUUUUAAAUUAAUAUCUCUGAAUUAUUAUCUUUAUUUAAUGCAAUUAAUAAAAUUUACAGCUUUAUUUACGCACACUUAUGAUUUAAAAAAAAACAACUCAAAUCCGAAUGAGUAUAAAAAAACACAAUGUUUAUUCAUCUCUUUUUGUUACUAGAAAUGCUAGUUUGUGUUUUUGUACUGAAACUGUAUGAGUUGGUUAUCUACCAGUGAGAUCUAAAUAUGUCAGAAACAUUAUUUAAUUAACUGACCAGAAAACAAUUACUCAUGAGGAAAAAUAUUUUUUUUUUAAAUAAUACAGGCAGUUUUUAAACAUUUACAUUCUUCCUAGAAUAAAUAUAUAUUUAAACUUUGUAUCCUGUUAUUAGCGAUUUUUAAAUAUCAUACUUAAUUGCUCCCCCUUUUAAUUAAAUAUUGACAAUGAAAGUUUUCUGUAAAAUUGAAUAUACUAUUUUUACUAAAGUAUAUUGCAAUAUCGAAGAUCAAAUUUUCAGAAGAGUUACAUUUCCUGAUGCUCUAAGAAUAUUUUACUUUUCAUGUAUUGUUACAGAGAUUACCAAAGACGACCAUUGGUCUUAGAAAGUAGCGAAUGAUGGGAAAUUAUUUCCCUUUAUUUUAUCCAAUUUUUUAAAUCAAAAUAAAUUCGUAAUUUUUUUUUUCUUAGAGAUGAGUUUGUUUUCUUUUAUAUUCUUAUAUUUUAGAAUUAACAAUAUUAUAUUUUGUAUUUGUAUAUUUAAUCAAAUGUAUAACUUAACAUUUAAUAUGAUUAUAUAGUAACAUCAAUUAUUUUUAGUUUUUAAUGGUAAUUACAUUUUUUAUGCUUUAACUUUAUAAAAAAAAAACGUGUAAAACUAUUAAAAAUAUAGAUGUUUUGUUUUUAUUACUUAAUUUCUCAAUUGUGAUGAUGUUUGUUAAGUUAGACCAAA